CAAUGCACGGAGCGAGCCCGUCUGUCUGUAGGAACCUGACAGAUAUGUGCACCGAGAGAUGAUAUGGCAGAAUUGCGUGUUACAACGAGGCAAUAGGACAGGCAGGAAAUUGGAGUAAAGCUGAAACAUAAGGCUUUGCUACCCAGUAGCUUGCCAGCUUGUGUGUGUGUGCGUGUGUGUGUGUGAGAGAGAGAGAGAGAGUGUGUGUGUGUGUGUGUGUGUGUGUGUGUGUGUGAGAGAGAGCCUAUGGCGGAGUUUGGGGAGAACGGCAGCCUGCCUCCAUUGAAUCUUGGGGAUACGGCCGUGCCCAGCGACGAAGCAGCUGGGAAGACGCAUUGCGAAGUGUCGGUGCUGAAUGGAGACUGUGGGAUAUCAGAUAAUAUGGUCGGCUCAGGAUCCCAUGUCGCACCUGGCAUCCAAGCCGGGGUGGAAACCGCCAACACCUCUGUGGGAUUGGAUGGCAAAUCGGAAAUUCCACGCAGGAGCAGCAUUAUCAAGGAUGGAUCAAGACAACGUAAAGAAAGAAAGAAGACGGUAUCUUUUAGCAGCAUGCCCACUGAGAAGAAAAUCAGCAGUGCAAGUGACUGUAUCAGUGCCAUGGUGGAUGGCUCCGAGCUGAAGAAAGUGCGAUCCAAUUCACGGGUUUACCACCGAUACUUUCUCCUUGAUGCCGACAUGCAGUCUUUGAGAUGGGAGCCUUCCAAAAAGGAAUCAGAAAAGGCUAAAAUUGACGUUAAAUCCAUCAAGGAGGUUCGCACAGGGAAAAAUACAGACACGUUUAGAACUAACGGAACUUAUGAUCAGAUAUCAGAGGACUGUGCUUUCUCAGUCAUCUUUGGGGAGAACUACGAGUCACUGGACUUGGUGGCAAACACUGCAGAUGUAGCAAACAUCUGGGUUACAGGGCUUAGGUACCUGAUCUCCUAUGGGAAACAUACAUUGAAUAUGAUAGAAAGCAGUCAAAACAACAUGCGCUCAUCUUGGCUAGGGGAACUUUUUGAUGAGGCAGAUGGCAACAACAGCAAACAAAUAACAAUAUGUGCUGCUGUGCAGCUAGUCAAAAAUCUAAGCCCUGGAAUUAAAAAUGUGAAAAUAGAACUGAAAUUUAAGGAGCUUCACAAAGCCAAGGACAAAGCAGGUUCUGAUGUGACCAGGGACGAGUUUAUUGAGGUCUUUCACGAUCUUUGCACCAGACCAGAAAUUUAUUUCCUCUUUGUUCAGUUUUCCAGUAACAAAGAAUUUCUGGAUACCAAGGACUUGAUGAUAUUUCUGGAGGCAGAGCAGGGUAUGGCACAAGUCAGUGAAGACACCAGCCUAGAAGUAAUUCAGAAAUAUGAACCAUCUAAAGAGGGCCAGCUAAAGGGUUGGCUUUCUCUUGAUGGAUUCACCAACUAUCUAAUGUCUUCAGAGUGCCAUAUUUUUGACCCAGAACAUAAAACUGUAUGUCAAGACAUGAACCAGCCGUUGUCCCACUAUUACAUCAAUUCAUCCCACAACACUUACCUGAUAGAAGACCAGUUCAGAGGUCCCUCUGAUGUGACAGGAUACAUCCGCGCCCUUAAGAUGGGUUGUCGCAGUGUAGAACUGGAUGUGUGGGAUGGGCCUGAUAAUGAACCUGUUAUUUACACCGGUCACACAAUGACAUCACAGAUUGUUUUUCGCAGUGUAAUUGACGUCAUCAAUAAGUAUGCAUUUGUUGCAUCAGAGUUCCCACUGAUACUGUGUUUAGAAAACCAUUGCUCCCUGAAGCAGCAGAGAGUCAUGUUCCAGCACCUUAAAAAGAUCCUUGGAGACAAGAUUCAUCUAGAUCAUCCAAAACCUGAGGACUGUUAUCUCCCCUCUCCCUUUGAACUGAAGGGAAAGAUACUGCUCAAGGGUAAGAAACUGAGCACACACUGCACUGCUUCAGAAGGUGAGGUGACCGAUGAAGACGAGGGGGCAGAGAUGUCUCAAAGGAUGAGCAUCGAAUCUGCGGAACAACAGACUAUUGCAUCCAAAAAAUUCCAGCUGUCCAAGGACCUCUCUGAUUUAGUGACAUUAUGUAAGUCUGUGGAGUUCAAAGACUUCCCAACAUCUUUUCAGAGCCAGAAGCAAUGGGAGCUCUGCUCUUUCAAUGAGGUCUUUGCAAGUCGCUGUGCUAGCGACUUCCCAGGUGACUUUGUCAACUACAAUAAGAAGUUCCUUGCGCGAGUUUACCCCAGCCCCAUGCGCAUAGACUCCAGCAACAUGAACCCACAAGAUUUCUGGAAGUGUGGUUGCCAGAUUGUGGCAAUGAACUAUCAGACGCCCGGCCUGAUGAUGGACUUAAACAUCGGCUGGUUCCGUCAGAAUGGGAACUGCGGCUUUGUGCUGCGUCCGGCGAUCAUGAGGGAGCAGGUUUCAUAUUUUAGUGCCAACACUAAAGAUUCAGUGCCUGGUGUUUCUCCACAGCUCUUACACAUAAAGAUCAUCAGUGGACAAAACUUUCCAAAACCCAAAGGCUCAGGUGCCAAAGGCGAUGUAGUGGACCCCUACGUGUAUGUGGAAAUACACGGCAUUCCUGCUGAUUGUGCUGAACAAAGGACUAAAACGGUCAACCAGAAUGGUGACAACCCCUUGUUUGAUGAGAGCUUUGAGUUUCAGAUAAAUCUCCCCGAGCUUGCUAUGGUGCGCUUUGUGGUUCUUGAUGACGACUAUAUUGGUGAUGAAUUUAUCGGCCAGUAUACAAUCCCCUUUGAGUGUCUCCAGCCAGGUUUUCGCCAUGUACCACUACAAUCUUUGACAGGGGAGGUACUGCCACAUACAUUGUUGUUUGUUCAUGUGGCCAUCACCAAUCGAAGAGGAGGCGGCAAACCACACAAAAGGGGACUGUCUGUACGAAAGGGCAAGAGGAGUAGAGAGUAUGCCAGCAUGAGAGUGCUAUUGAUCAAGGCUGUGGAUGAUGUCUUCAAAACAGCCAUGCUGCCCCUGAGAGAGGCGACGGACCUCAGAGAAAACAUGCAGAAUGCCAUUGUGUCCUUUAAAGAGCUGUGUGGCCUUUCAGCUGUGGCUAACCUGAAGCAGUGCAUUUUGGCCCUGUCCCCUCGACUGACUGGACCUGACAACAUCCCUCUUGUGGUUUUUAACCUCAAUGACCAGUACCCCAACAUGGAGCCCCAGGGUCUGCUACCAGAGGUCCUGAAGAAAGUCGUCACCACGUAUGAGCUGGUGAUCCAGACAAGCAAGACUCUGCUGGAGAGCUCUGAGGGGGUGUACGAGAGGAUUCUACAAACCCAAAAAGCAGCGAUGGAGUUUCACGAGAACCUCCACGACCUGGCUGUGAAGGAGGGGCUGAAGGGCAGGAAGCUGCACAAGGCGGUGGAGAGCUUCACGUGGAACAUCACCAUACUCAAGGGUCAGGCAGAUCUCCUGAAGCACGCCAGGAGUGAAGUCCAGGAGAGCCUCAAGCAGAUCCACUACGCCGCGCUCACCUGUAACCUGAGCAAAGGCGGAUCAAUGGGCGGCUCCUCCGGCUCCGAGUCUAAAAGCAGACGCAGCCUGGAGGCCAUUCCCGAGAAGGCCACCGCUGAGGACGAGCUCACCGAUGAGGAAAACUAACGACCCCAAAACUCCUGCUCUCAAAACCCAAAGCUCUCUCUGUGUCUGGUCCCUGGCACCUCCAUCGCUCUACACGGCGUGUUUUUCCACAUUCCAUCGUGUACAUUCCUGCAUCCCGAGCACAGCCGUAACCUCUCAGGCGUCUGCCUUGUAAGCAUCAACAUGCCACCACUGCUCCAGGACAGAAAUCCUACCAGAGUUCAGAGAAGUCUGAAGAAUUUCUGUCAUCGUUUGAGUCUUCAUGUCAAGGAGCUGCACUGAACGUUUUUUAUUUUAACAUUUGCUACACAUCUGAAGCUGCCUACCUAUUGCAUUGUGCACACAUUGCAUUAAAUCUCAUCCAGCAAAAACAAAUAAAAAAAGGGAUAUCUAACAAAUGAUGCUUUUUGUAAGUGGAAACAAAUCCUACCUGAAAAGCAUAAAACUCUGACAUUCUUCAUCUACACUCCUUUGUACGUUUGUUUUUGUCUUACUCCCUUGAUUCCUCUCCUCACCUCAUUCCUCGUUCCCUGGGUGAGCAGGGAGAGUCUGUGAACUAUCAGAACCUUCUGUUCAGACAUUCACUUCUACUCAGCAGACCUGGGUUUCACAGACUAAAAGAAGAAAAAGAAAAAAAAAGGCCUUGGAUUGUUGCAAGAGAUUUCUUAAAGCACAAUUUUUGGAGUUGUGAAUGUAACAGGACGGAAGGGAACAUGGAGGGAACGGAAGAAGGCAAAGAAUUAGAGCCGUUUACAAAACUGAACUCGUCCACGUCGUCUGCCAAAAUGGUUUAAUAUACUGUGUGUAUAUAUGGAGUUUCCUGUUACCUUUUUUUCUGCAGAGUGCAUCAUUUUAUUAUUGUAUACUUGGAGAUAUAAGAUUUAUUUUGUAAGAGAUAUAUGAAAGUGUGUUGAAAAACAAAAAAAAAGUUCUAACUGUGUGUAGAUAAGGAGGUUCGUCGUCAUGACAGGAAGUGACCUCACAGUUGUCCCACGUGGAGACAGAAGGACUAAAAAUAGAAUGUAUUCAUGCCGUCUGUGGUGCAGAUGACAGCAGAUUCUCAAAAAGUCCCAACCAGCAACUGCAUGAGAAGGAACCACAGCUGAGUGUCAGAAACAAGCACUCCAAAAAAAAAAAAAACAGUUUGGACGUAUGACUCAUAUUUAAGCGUUUGUUUCAGGAAUAUGUUCAGCCUUUAUUUUUAGGGCAUGGUCCUCCCAUUUCAGGGCGUGAAAGAGAUAGAGCUCAACAACUGUAACUAUUCAUUCCACAGCUUCUUUUUUCAAGUCCACAAACCAAAGCCAGUGCCACAUUUUUCCUCCAGAUGUACCCUCAAAAAAUCCCACUGUUAUUUAAACUCUGGGCCCGGUUCUUCAAAAGGUUUUAUCCAGAUAAAAAUGAUCCAGAUUCGAUCUGCUUUUUUAUUUCCUCCGUAUGAUCACAUAAUCCAGCUCACUUUUAUCACAGUUGUUAAAGAAACAAACACUGGAUAGGAUCAUCCUGAUCUUGGUACAGACUUUUUAAGGAUUACCAAAUCUAACGGGGACCUCACACUACAUACUUUGUCCACAGGGGGCGCCAAAAUACUGAAAAAGCCUCAUAGCUGCUUUAAAUGACAUAUUUCAUGUCUGAUAAUUAUUAUAAUCCUUAAUUAUUUUUACAAACAUGAUUCAUAUGAUUCGUACCUUAUGUAACUUUUCAUUGACGCAAAUUCUGCUAAAAAUAUUUGAACAGAUGUCUGAAAAUAUCAACUAAAAUUUCAAGUUGUCAACGAUGUAAAAACGUAAAGCCCUCUACUGUGACCUGGGUGAUCCUAAUUUGUUGGGAGUUUUUCCCAGGAUUGGCUCACUUACUGCCAAUUACCCCAAAGUCCAUGCACGCUGCGUUCUGUCAGCUCCAUGGUUUUGCUUUGUCCAACGCCAAGCGCCCUGCUCCAAUGGGUCCAUUUCUGAAGCGUGAGCACAGCCAUGAGCAGCUGUCCACACGGGCUCGCCAGAUCAAAAGAAGAACUACAAGAUCUUGCGGGAAUGUUGUUGUCCUGUCCGGGUCAUUCUGUUCUGUUCAGCUUGACGUGUGCUUGCAGUUUGCUCCGUCAAAAAUAGACUCACUGUGUCUUUAAAACGGAGAGCGUAGUGGCGCUGCUGUAGAUGCACCACAGCGCGUGAUGUGGAAACAGCUGAACGUCCCAGCGCAUACGGACUAUGUGGAAAUUGGCAGAUAAACCUUUCUUUUUUUCUAACAACUCGAUUUCAAGAUUGAUUCCGAGAGUUUUAAUUCUGCUGGAUGACUUUUGAACAGCCGGGCUCGGGCUCAUUGAGUUCAGUUAUUUUGUUGAGUAUGAAUGAAAAUGUCUCACAGGAAACUUGAAGAGAUGUGUCUGUGUUGCAGCCUUUGAAAGGGAGGUCAUGUCAAAAAACAAAGACUAUGGGUUCAUUUUUAAUGUCCUUGUUCAAGCUUUUAAACAUUAAAAGGUGUGCUGCACCGUCUCAUGAUGUUAGCCAUGUUUCAUCUUGAUCUUAGCAACUGUUGCAGCUCACCCAUGUUCAGUGUUUGGAGAUGUUGUCUGAGUUACCACCGUGCAGCAGAUUCCUCACAGCUCGAGUGGUUCCCGGACAAAAUCAAAAGGAGUCACACUCUGAUAAUAACUCUUUGUAAGAAUUUAAACUCAGGUCUGGUGAGAUGGUCGAGACGGAGGUGAACUUCAGAGUAAUAAUUAGCAUCCUGUGUUGUAACUGUGCUUCAUUACAGCUAACUGAAAUCUGCAGCAUCAGUGUUUUUUUUUUUAAACUGCCUUCCCGACUCGCUGCUUCAGUAGUGCUCUCGUCUCCUCUUCAUUUAACAGUCCAUGAUUGGAUCCUUGAUUUCUAACAACAGAACCUUCCUCUUACAGGAAGUUAUACUCAAAUGAUCAGAAUAUUACAUUAGCUUAGCAUGAGCAGCUAAUGAAACGAAGUACACUUAGCCAAAAAUGAGCAGAAUCUAACAUCCCGCUUGUGUUUUCACAGUAAACGUUUUAAUGAUCAGAAAUACUUUUAGACUAUUUGUUAAGAUCAUUUAGCUGCUGUACUUUAGGGUUCCAACAACGCGCACCAACACACCGAGGCAUCCAUCUGCGGCGCCAUCUUCAUGUAGGGCGCUCUGCUUUUUUCAUAUUUCCUUUGUCAAUUGUUUUGCACCAAAACAACAAGUCCAACUCCUUGUAUGUGUAAAUGUACCUGGCAAUAAAUACCGAUUCUGAUUCUGAUUCUGAAAUGUUUAUACAAACAAGGCUGGGCUACAUAUCAUCAACACAUCUUUGUAUAACACAAUCAAACUCACUCAGCAAUCGAGCAACAAAACAAACACAGCCUCGAUAUGACCAUAAAGUAAAGUACCAUAAAGGAUCAAUACAAAUCUACGAGAGAAGAAUUGAUUCAUAAGCAACUAAAUGUAGCUCGCUGUGCCUUCGAAGCUCUUAGCUCAGUGUAUGUUUUCAAAAGUAGGGUUAAACGCUUUGAGGGAAAUACAGUCUUCUCUCAUCAAUAUUGGAAUUUGAAUUAAAAAUCAGUUAAUUAUGUUACUGCCUGAACUUCUGCUCUUCUAUCAGCCCGUCUGACACCGUGUCUUAGCAGCACGCAAGCGCUGGAUGUGGCGUUGCAACAUACACGACUCCACGCUCACUGUCCACACUGCAUCCCUUAAAAACAUAAUUCUGUGCUCUGUGGAUUUCAGUUUCCCCUUGUAAACAGUUGUGCUGUUGUGCACAUUGUGCAAGCGUGGUGUUUGUAUUGACGAGCUGUUGACUCAAAUCACAACGCUCAGAGGCUCGUCAAUAAAGCGUUUUUUCUCCGGCGUUGACACAAGUCAAAGAUCAACAUUUCAAUCACUGAGGAGGAUAUUAUUAAUGCCGCUAUCUCCACUCUGUAAAACAAGCUAACGAGCUCUGUUGAAAUGUGACUUUUGUUAACACCAGAGAAAAACUUAAUUCAGCUCACCGCGAGCCGUUUAUUGACGAGCCUUUUGAGCGCUGUGAUUGGAGUGAAGAGCUCGUCAAUACAAAGCGCCACGCUUCUGUUUGUCCAGAUUCAACACCAAAGCUCCACACGUUACUGUGUUUGCAAGGAGAAACGGAAACUCACAGAGCAAAGUUACAACACAUGCGUGCUGUUAGGACAUGGUGUAAAACUGCCUCAAUGUUAUAUUAGUUAGCAAAUGGCUGUUGUCAAAAGCUCUGAAUUUUAGUCCUAUCGAGAAUCUAAACAAAAAUCAAAAGGCAGAAAUGUCUAUUUUGAUACCAUGGCAAAAAAAAAAACAAGUUCUAGGUCCCCAAUCUUCUAAUUGUAUUUCUUUUAAUCACCAUUAAUCGCAGGAAAAUUCUAAACUGCACAGAUUCAUUAGCUACAUUUCAGUAAAACAAAAUGCUUUGAUGAAAAAUGUCUUAAGUUCUUCAGGAGUUUUUUUGUUUGACCUUCAGUAGUUUGAUAAUUAAAGUAACAGAGAUUGAGUCUUUUUAAAACAUGUGGUCUCUCAAAGUUUAAAAGUAUCCAAAAACAAGUUGACAACCCCCACCACAGCUACCUGGAUAAUAAAUAUGCCGUGUUUAAAUGUGUUUCAGGAUUAUUUCUUUUUUCUUAGAUUUUAAAAAGUCCAAUAUCGAUUCAGUAGCUUUGAAUCCAAAUAGUAAAAAUUGAAGCAUGAGUCUGUGAGGGCCUGUGUCCACCUGGUGUUUUUUUAUGUAGAAAAGUUCUGGCUGUGCGCUCAGGAGCACUUUGUUGAGAAUUAAAGUGUUGCACGUGCGCCCUGUCUUUAUGACAACAGCAGCUGUAUGACGGGCACUGUGUCAAUGCUUUAAAUUGUACGUUUUAUAUUUGGUGUCGUUCUUAAUUCCUUCACUCUCCGCGUCAAACCGAGGAUGCUCGCCCUCCUACUUUGUCUGGAUGAUGAGCUCAAUAAUAAUGACGGCCCGCUGCCACUGGCUGGUUGAAAAGAGUGUCGGUGACAUCAACAGCGCCCCUCUGAAAAGUGUAAAGAUUUUCACCUCGGAGCAUUCGGAGGCGAGGUUAGAUUCUCUGCCCGAGCACCGGACCGACUCGGCCGUGCAGGGGAUCCGGUUGGUUAGACCUGGAGUUUUAAGUCCUAGUUCUGGGCCACCACACAAAACAGGCAGAGCACUCGUCAUAAGGACGCUAAAAUAAGGACGCUGGGGGCUUCGCCUUUUCUCCGGGAAGCCGCCUGCUGCUGCUAACGGUAUCUCCUCAUUGGGGACAAUUGAAAAAAGAAAAAGAAAAAGCCAUGUGGACACUGUCCCUUAAGCCAAACUUUAUGUGUGUACACAUCCGUCUAAAAAUAUUAGGUUGCAAGUCUUGUGUUGGAGAAUAAACAAAACUAAAUGUAAAACUUGUUCUUGAUAUAAGUUAUAUAAAAUAUUAUUAACCAGCAAGAAAUCCAUUAUUUAAUCCGCUUAGGAACCUCCUAACAUGCAGUCACUCUUCUUCUCCUGACUCGAGGUAUUCGGACUGUUAAAUGAAGCGUUUUGUGUCCUCGGCUCUUUUCAGCGUUCUCUUUGGUUCCAUUGCGUCCUCGCCUCCCGCUGAUCACACGUCCAAACCUUAAAAGUUGUCUCUGAAUUUCAGUGCUGUGCCGUUGUUGAGAAAUGAAAACAAACUUUCAUUUCAACUGUAUUCCUGUCUCAUCUCUUUAUCUGUCAAGUCCACAAAUAAGAAGAAAACCCCCACCUCUGAAUAAAAAACAUUUGAUCUUUA